AUGUCGAAAGCCCGUGAGCUCGUCUCCUCUGAAACCUCUUCUGGCGAGGAGCAAACCGACGAUUAUUCGUCUGAGGAAAUCGAAUCUGAGCCCGAACCGAUCCGGAAGUCUUCAGCACCGCCGGCCGCCGCGAGGAAACCCCAAACCCCUUCCGCCAUAAUGCCCGCCCCAUCCGACGAGGAUUCUGAAUCUGAAUCCGAAUCCGAAUCCGAAAAGAAGUCCAGAAAAAAAUCCAAGGCGAAAGGCAAGGACAAGGCCUCCGCCGCCUCCGCCUCCGCUUCAGCGGCCAGAUCUACCAGGAAGAGGGCCGUCGAGGAGGGUAAAGUGACGGAGCCCACUGUCACCAAGAAGUUGAAGAACAGUAAGAAGGCUGAAUCCGAGACAUCCGAGAAGAAACAACUGUGCCAGAGAUUAUGGAGAUUAUGGAGCCAGGCCAAUGAAAUCGCAUCCUCCAUGGAAUUCUGCAGUUUAGGGCCGAGAAAAAAUCCAACCCGAAUGAUAAUUUUGACCCGUUUCUUCUAUAAUUCGGAGAAAAUGUGCGGGGCUGAGAAAGAAAACGUCAUCGAAAAAGCCAAUGGCAGUGGGGCUGAGGAAGAAAACGGGGUCGAAAAAGCCAAUGGAAGUGGGGCUGAGAAAGAAAACGGGGUCGAAAAAGCCAAUGGAAGUGGGGUGGACACCAAUAAUAUUAAGGAUUCAGUGGCUAGUGAGAGGAGGAUUGUGCGGAUGAGGGAAAGGUUGUUGAGUGGUUUAGGCAAUGUUCCAGCUGUUGGGGACUUCAUGCUCAAGGAGGGGGAAUGGGGGUUAAGGAGGACGAAGAAGCUGGAGAGUGAAGAGAUGGAGAUGUAUGUGAGGCAUUUUGAGGUGAAGACUCACCAGGCAAAGCUUCUUCUGCAGAUGAUGAAGUCCUGGGGCCAUUGA